CACUGAAACCUCCCCUUCCCUCUUUUCUUGCUCUUUCAUUCUUGGAGAUUGAGAAAAUAGAUAAAAAAGAAGCAUUAUAUAAAUUGAGCUUCCUUUGUGUAUUUUAGUGGAACUGCAUGUGCUCUAGCUAGAAUAAUACAAUACUCACUUUAGUUAUAUGAUAACAAUCCCACCGUCCAUCCAUUAUAAUCUGAUACUCUCCAUCCUUCACAUAUAUAAUCACUCCCUCUUCAUUUGUUAAGUCCCUCUCCCUUUCUUCCCUUUAUCUUGAAUUUCCUAGCCAACUUGAGAAUAGUACUCAAUUUGAACAUCACUAUUCAGUUACAUAAAAAAUGGGUGAAGAAACUAAGCCGGAAGAAGCUAAGGUAGAGGAGGUUAAGCCAGAAGAGAAUGCAGAGGAGAAAGCAGAAGAGAAGAAAGAAGAGAAGGCAGAGGAGGAGAAGAAGGAAGAGCCAAAACCACCAGCUCCUUUUGUCCUAUUUGUGGACUUGCAUUGUGUGGGGUGUGCAAAGAAAAUUGAGAGGUCUAUCAUGAAAAUUAGAGGGGUGGAAGGGGUUGUGAUAGACAUGGCUAAGAAUGAAGUGACCAUAAAGGGAAUAGUGGAGCCUCAAGCAGUGUGCAACAAAAUCAUGAAAAGAACCAAGAGAAAGGCUCAAGUCUUGUCCCCAUUACCAGCUGCUGAGGGUGACCCUAUUCCAGAAGUUGUUGCUUCUCAGGUCAGUGGAGUAACAACUGUGGAACUCCAAGUUAACAUGCACUGUGAGGCCUGUGCAGAACAACUUAAGAAAAAGAUACUCAAAAUGAGAGGGGUUCAAAAUGCCGUGACUGAUCAUACUAGCGGGAAGGUGACCGUGACGGGGACAAUGGACGGCGACAAACUAGUAGACUACGUUUACAGACGAACCAGAAAACAAGCCAAAAUCGUACCACAACCGGAGCCUGAACCCGAGAAGAAAGAAGAACCUGCGGCGGAGAAGCCAGCCGAAGAAUCAAAGCCGGAAGAGAAUGCGGAGAAGAAAGAGGAGGAAAAGCCCGCAGAAGAGGCAAAGAAAGAAGAAGGUGGCGGUGGAGAAAGUAAUAAAGAGGGUGAGGAAAAGAAAGAGGAGGAGACCAAGAUUGAAGAGCACAACGACGUCGUUAAUGGUAUACCGGAGGAGGAAUUGAAGAGGAUGGUGCAGCACUAUUAUCAGCCGCUUUACGUGUUUGAGAGAAUCCCGCCGCCGCAGCUCUUCAGCGAUGAGAAUCCAAAUGCAUGUUGCAUUUCAUAACUUCCAUGCAAAACGUUCAUUUCGUGACGGGAAUCGUUUCAAAACAAACUAAAGUUUGUUAUGUUAGUUAACUAAAACAUCAUGUAAUAUGUAUAAAAUGCAUGUAAGUUUUAUGAUUAUAUAUGAUAGUAAGUGCCACUACUACUCGUGACUAAAA